ACAAAAACCAACCAGUGGAAGCCGAAAUCCUUCUCUUGAUCCCAUUCCUAGUUUCCCACUCAGCUAAUCUGUGUUUCUAUGGCUGUGGGCAUGGACAAGCCUCAAUAUUAACCUCUAUUUGACCAUUUUCUGCAAGUUGUUUCGUUUCUCAAUCUCGCAUGUGUGUAUAACAUAUUUAUCUGUUUUAUGAUAUGGGCAAAAUUGGAUGUGAUUGACUGGUACAUUAGCCAAUAGAGGUUAACCGGCCCCAGAAGGUGUUUUGGGCUAAAAGAAGUUACCGAAUUUGUUCUUAUUAUUAUUGUAAAAUGUUUACCAAUGAUAGAAGGCAAGAAGAUCGGACCGGAAAAUAUGGAACUCCAAGGCUUCAAUAUCUUCAGGAAUUGGUGACUCAAAUUCAGAACUCCAAUAAUGAAGAAACAAAAGAGAGACUCGUUGCUACUAUGGCCAACUUUGCUUAUGAUCCUUACAAUUAUACGUUUUUGCGCCAGCUCAACGUUUUGGAGCUUUUCCUAGACUGCAUCACAGAACCCAAUGAAAAGCUUGUUGAGUUUGGAAUAGGAGGGGUCUGCAAUUCUUGUGCUGAUCCAGAAAAUGCUACAAUAAUCACUCAGUGUGGUGGAAUCCCUCUUGUUGUUCAAUGUUUAUCGAGCCCAGUUAGAAACACUGUGAAUUACGCACUUGGGGCUCUUUAUUAUCUCUGCAACAAGUCUACCAGUGAAGAGAUUCUAAAACCAGAAAUUGUAGAUCUCAUCAACAGAUAUGCUGCAGCAGAGGCAGUUAGCGUCAGCUUCAGUAAUUUGGCCAAGGCAUUUUUGGAAAAACAUGUAUCUGAAAAAUACUAACCAAUAAUAAACUAACUUCUUUUCUCUUGAGAAUUCAUCUCAAAACGAUGCAGAUUCAUGCGCAAGAUUGGUUCUUUAU